AUGGACCAAGGUCGAAUUCGUACUUUCGUGUAUUACGAGUGGCUGCUGGGCAAAGGCACGGGCACCACGAUCGCCAACAUCUGCAGAGCGUGCAAGGAGGACGCAGUGUCCCAACGCACCGUCAGGCGUUGGUUCAAUCGUUUCGAGAGCGGCGACACGAGCCUCGAGGACAGGGAGCCCAACGGGAGGCAUUGUACAGUGGAUGAUGACGAAGUCCGUCGCUGUAUCAAGGAGAAGCCGGAAGCCACCACCCGUGAACUGGCGACGACGCUCGGCUGCAGCAAGUCCACCAUCCACAAUCGACUCAACUUACUCGGCUACCCCAAAGUUCUGGCUGGCCCGUGGGAUCCCCACCGUCUGAUGGACGCCAACAAGCACAGCCGCGUGGCCGUCGUCAAUCCCUUCUCCUUCAUCCGCACGCAAGGAGUUUCUCGAGGUUCUGGUCACUGAGGAUGAGACCCGCGUCCUCUACGACAACGUCGCCCACCAUGCCGUCUGGAUCCCGCGCGAAGAAGAGCCGCCGACAACGCCGAAAUCCGACCUACUUCCGCUGAAGAUCGUGCUCUGCUACUGGUGGACGCCAAGAGCAUGCUGUACUUCGAGCUGCUCCCGCAAGGCAGGACGGUCACCGCCUCCAUCUACAGCGAUCAGCUCGAGAAACUAGCCGUCGCCAUCCGAAAAAACCGUCCCCGACGUGCCUCGGUCCAUCUUCAGCACGAGAACGCGCGCCCCCACGUGGGGAAGAAGACCCAGCAGAAGUUGGCGACGCUCGGCUGGGAGACGGUUGCCUAUCCGCCGUAUUCCACGGACCUCGCUCCCUCCGACUUCCACUUGUUCCGUCCGCUCGAGCACCGUUUGGCCGGAAAAAAAAUUCACCAACUACGACAAACUAAAAUCCGACUUCGCGUACUUCUUCGAAGCCCAGUCCCCGGAGUUCCGAGCGAAGGGCAUCGGCGACCUGCCCAAUCGAUGGGCUAA